AUGGGCAGCGGGUCGUGGGUCGUGCACGAAGGGUUUCUGCUCUGCAAAGAGGAGGAGAAUGCGGCAGCACAAGACGCGAGCUCCGACGUCCCCAAGCGGCUGCCACUAAUGGGUACAAGUCGUACGAGUGCGAGUACGAGUGCGAGUGCGACUCGAGGCUUGACGGCGCUCUAUGUCGUGCUUACUCUGAACCGCAAGCUCGAGUUCUUUGACACGAGCGAAGCGGCGACACGCACGCGAGUGGAUGCCGCUUCUCUCCAGGGGUUUGCUGGCUGGGACGGGGACGGUCGGUUGCAGGUCCCUGCGUAUGGCCUCGAGCUCAAAGUCGAGCGCAAUGUUAACUCGCGGAUGCACUUGGCGGCGUUCAAUCGCGUGGAUUUGGAGAAAUGGUGUCGGGCUUUUAUGGCGGUGUUGGAUCCGCAGAGUGCAGCGGGAGAGGAGGUGCGACGUGAACGGCGUCGGGUGAGAAAGGAGGAGAAGCGGUUGCAAGAGGAGCGCGAUGAGAAGAUUCGUAAAUGGAGAGAGAAGAAAGCUCGGAUGAUCAAGGAAGAGCAGGAUCGGUUACUGGCGAGGGAAGAGGAGAUCAAUAACAUGACGCCGCUGGAGCGCGUGGAUGGGCUUGGCUCGUUGGAUGACGAUACGGCGAAAAUGCUGGAGAAGAGAAAGCUCCGGCUGCAACGGCGACAGGCGCCGACUAUGGAGAGAGUGAACAAGGCGGCGUAUCGACGACGGAUGGAAGAGGCGGCAGGCGGGAAGACAGACAACAUGCAGCGACUGCAGACGAAGGUCGUGGAGCAAAAGGCGAGAAUUCGUGUAGAUCUUCCUCCUCCUGGACAGUUUUUCGAGGUUGGUGGCGUUGUACACAACGACUUCGCAGUACGACGAGGGUCCUUUGGUAGCGAUGUGUCCGACAGCUCUUCCAUGUCAUCGCGACUUUCUUCUGUUUCGUCUGCAGCAGGAUCCAGGUAUGAUGGUGGUAUGGCCUCUGUACCUCCCCCUCCGCCACCAUUACCACGCUGGUCUGGCAGCAGCUCUCGAGGCUCGGUGUCAUCUAGAUCACCGAUGGGCAUACCACCCCCGCCACCCCCACCCUUUGACCCGGGUUGUAUUCGUGAUGGAGAGUCUCGGCUCUCAAGAUCCAGCAGCAGCUUGCGCAGCGCAUCAUUUGACUCUUUUGCAUUCGACAGAGACGACGAGUCUAUGCGAUCUCGAAGUUCGUUCUCGCAAAGCAAAAGCGCUGUGUCGCAGGCGAACCGUAAGGACAGAACGAACAUGGAGAAUAAUUUGGCCGCGAUUCUGGGCGACGGAAGGCCGAGAUCUGCCUCACGUGCGUCUCGUAGAAGCCAUCGACGCGACUCAACCGUGAGCUCAAUAACAACGGCACCGUACUCAGUACCGGACCGAACGUCACGGACGAGUGUCGCGGGAUCGAAUGGCAACAAUGGCGCAGAAUCGUCUAUGGCAAAUGUGUUUGCUGCCAGUCUUGUCGCAAUUCGCCGUAAUCGUGCCGAUACCGUAGAAUCUGCGAGCGCUGUCAAGCAUGCUGCAAGUCCGGUAGAGCACACACAUCGUAAUGGCAAGAAACUGCGCGACCGAAAUUUCGACUCUGGGCUUAGUGCUGCGAAAAACGGAAUGAUGAAAACGACAACGAGCGAUGGUAGCACGGAGGGUGCACCGUCUAAGUCUAAGACAUCAGCGACGUCAGGUCGCAAGGGGCUGUUUGACGAUAGUAGCAGUGACGAAGAUUCGGAUACUGGGUUGUUUGGUGUGGGUAAGCAAGCGAGCAAAACGGUGAACGGUGCCUCUUUGACUUCAAACAGCGCAUGCUCCAGUGAUGCGAGCGUGGACAUACGCCCGAAGGAUGUGACUCCUGCAGCGUCUUCGAGCGAUGAUGAAGACGCAUCAAGUGACACGGAUUCCACCAGCGAGAUGUCGUUCUUCGCGCAGCGCCAUGUCACUGACACAAGUGCACAAAACACCGGAGCGGACAACGCUGGGGUCGGUAGGUUGGGACCCAAUGUCGUUGUGCUGUUCAAAACGUGUGCGCUACGCACGGAGGGCAAAAAGUCAGACGGCGUGUAUACGUUCACGCUUCAGCUUGGGAACUUGGAGCACAGUUUCUCGUUCACGUACGCGGGGUUUGAAGCGAUACAUUUGCAGCUGACUGCGGCUUUUCCGGGGAUGGCACUACCGAAGUUCCCUUCGAAGCACCGCUUGCGUAACAACACAAAACCCGAGAACAUGGAAAAGCGUGCGCACGAGUUUCGGUUUUACUUGCAGCAGUUGGUUUCGUCACGCGGGGUGCUGUCGAGUAAGCGAUUUCAGCUGGAAUACCAUAUCAGUGGUGCAUUUGCGCAAGCAUUAGCGAACGACCAGAAAUCGAAUCCGAGUGCUGCAAGUGGUGUCCGUUCCAACGGUCGUCCCCCGAGGAGCCCAGUUGCACCUGUACUGAGUCAGCAAUCGGCUUUACCUGCUAGUUCUUCUCGACUGGCGAACCCUUGUGCUCAGGUUACCAAGACAAAGGCAUCGAAGGGGCUGUUUGGAUUGGAUGACUCUGAUUCCGAUCCCGAGUCUAACUCGGACACACCGGUUGAUGCGCCAAAGCCUUCGACAAGGCAGCAGCGGCGCGAGUCUGCAGCUUCAUUGACUCAGAAGGGAACAAUGCUAGAAAGGUCCGAACGGUCGAGUAGCGUUCUGAGUUCGGUUGAUGGAGAUACUCAGCGUGGCAAGAAGAGCCGGUCGCGUUCACGGUUAAGCUCUCGAGCGAGCUCCAGGACAAGCGUCUGCGCAUCUCUAGAGCCUACCAUGAAGCCGAAAGUGACGGGCCUUCCCCCUGGACGGCCCAAUCCGUUUGCAGGCGGUCAUGGCGAUUUACUUGCUGCGAUUCGACAGGGGAAACAGCUGAAGAAUAGUACUGACGGCUCGGCAGGUGACAGCUCGUUCCAAGGUGCAUCGACCACCGCAAAACCUUUGUCGCCACCACCUGCGCUCACGCAACCAGGUUCUAUCAAUGAAGCCAUCACGAAUGCCAUGGCGAUGCGGCGCAUCCACGUGGAGUACGAGGAAACGAACUCGAACGCAGCCUCCGACUCAGAUGACGACUGGGACUGA